CUCUGAAGCAGGGAAAAGGUGCUUAGAAGAAACGUGCAGUGUUGAGCCACCUGAUGUCGUGCUAGCGACCGGGUUAGGGCCAUCUGGGGGUUGCCAGCUCCUGCAGCGGGCGGGGCCGGGCGGAACGGGGUGCGGACGCUUGCACCUCCUGGGCACCCGCGGUCACACGUGUGACCGAAGCUGGCAAGUGGACACCUCUGAGGCUCGGAAAAGAUAUUCUGGAUCACUGAUGGCAAACUUCAAGGGCCAUGCUCUCCCCGGGAGCUUCUUUCUAAUAUUUGGGCUGUGGUGGUCAGUGAAGUACCCACUGAAGUACUUUCACCAAAAGGGCCUAAAGAAGAACAGACUGAGCCUUCAGCAACAGCGCAUCGAGAUCAUUGAAGGUGCAGUGAAGGCUUUGUUUGCAGUCAUCGGGAUUCUGGCAGAGCAGUUUGUUCCAGACGGACCUCAUCUGCACCUCUACCAUGAGAAUCAGUGGACCAAGCUAAUGAACUGGCAGCACAGCACCAUGUACCUCUUCUUUGGUGUCUCGGGAAUCAUCGACAUGCUCACCUACCUUUACUUCAACAUUGUGCCCCUGGGCCUAGACAGAGUGGUUUUGGCUAUGGCUGUAUUCGUUGAAGGCUUUCUCUUCUAUUUCCACGUUCACGGCCGACCUCCACUGGACCAGCACAUCCACUCACUCCUGCUGUUCAGUCUGUUUGGAGCGACCAUCAGUAUCUGUCUGGAGGUCAUCCUCCGAGAUAACAUUGUGCUGGAGCUUUUCCGAACCACUCUCCUUAUCCUGCAGGGAACCUGGUUCUGGCAGAUUGGAUUUGUCCUGUUCCCGCCGUUUGGAACCCCGGAGUGGGACCAGAAGGACAUGGACAACGUCAUGUUCAUCACCAUGUGCUUCUGCUGGCAUUAUUUGGUAGCUCUCUGCAUCACAGCCAUCAACUACUCCCUUGUUUACUGCUUUCUGACUCGAGUGAGGAGACGCGCAGAAGGAGAGAUCAUCGGGAUCCAGAAGCUGAAGUCUGACCACACUUACCAGUCAACCCUUUUGAGCGGCUCGGAUGAGGAGUGACCUCAGGCUUGGAGCUGUGGAGACCUCACAUCCUCUUAAACAAUAGCUGGAAAGGAUGCAGCUUGUCCCUUGUCCUCUAAGGCUUGCCUUAUAUAAGUGCUCCUGUCCCCGUCCUCUAAGGCUUGCCUUAUGACCUUCUAGGGCUCCAUAUGCUGCAUCCCUCAUCUAAUACAAAGCCAUAGACUCAAAUACAGGAAAUUAGACCUCAAGUGUUUUUUAUGCACCAUAUACUUGGAAUAUUUAAGAAUACUUUAACUUAAAAUCUGUAUUACAUUAAUACCAUCCAUACAGGAAAAUCAUACAGUAGCAGGCCUGUCCUUUAGACUUUAAGACUCUGAACACCUACACUAGGAAGUGACUAUGUGGAUGAAGCAAGCCAGUUAUCACUGCUGCUUCUGAUAACUUGCCCCUCCUCUCUCAAUCAAGCAGGUACUUCCUUCUCAGAAAUGUUCCUUCCGGAAGUUAAUGACAGCUCAGUGUCUUCAAUUCAGAGCCAAGGGUCUAACAGAUUUAAAAAAAAAAAAAAAGCAACUCACGAGCUUUGGUAUUUUCAGCAUUAUCUUUUUAAAUGUUCUCUAAUACAUCGUACCAAAGUACUGCAUUUUAGCCUUGGUCAGAGAUAAAGAUAGAUGAAAGGUAAUUUCCUUAAACCCAGUAGCUAGUUCAUAGCUCCACUGAGAACUGAAAUCCUGCUGAGUCCUCGACGUCACGCUACUGAGGAGCAUUAUAUAGCAAGCCUGUGCCUCCUAGAUGCAGGGGAAAAUCAGGUGAUGAAAAGCUUCCAAUUUUAAAACAGCUAAAAACCAAUGUAAUGGUUUUGAAUGCUUAACACAGGCUUGAUGCUCUACUGUUGGUCCUGGACAGGCUUUGUUUCAGGAGGUUUGUUUUUUAGUUUUUAUAACUUUCCUCAACAUGUAUUUAUUAAAUAUCCACUUUGCCCUAGCACUGAAAUGUCUCAAGAAUGAGUGAGAUGUUCAUCACGACACUGACAGUAUACUGUAAAAGAACUCCUGAGGUUAUCAGAGGCAGUGUGGUGGGUGGGCACCUGGUAAAAACAGUGCAGGGGGCAAGUCAGGUUUGGUGGCCCACAGCUUGAAUCCCAGCACCUGGGAAGCAGAGGCAACUGAUUUCUGAGUUCGAGUCCAGUGUGAUCUACAAGUUAACCAGCAGAACAGCCACAGUUUUUUAAAACCCUGUCCCACAAAACAAUAAAAAGCAAACAAAAUGCAGGAGCUGGAGAGACGCCGAGGCUGAUAAGCGCACCUACUGCUUUUCCAGAGGAUCCAGGACUGAUUCCAAGCUUGGCGGCUCAGUGCUGCCUCCAACUGCAGUUCCUGGGUAUGCUAUUUGUUUCUGAUCUCCACAGGGAGCAGGUGCAAACAUGAUGCACAUACAUGCAGGCAAAACCCACACAUGCAUAAAAUUAAAACAAAUCUAAAAGAGAGAGAAAAAAAAGGAAUACACACACCACAGAGGAACAGGGGAGAAAUGGCAAGUUGGCCCUUUAGAGAAGGUAUCCCCAGACUUAGUAGUACAUACAAAGCCACACGAGUAGAACACAUGUGAUUACACACACAUUAGUUCCAAUGAGAAGAGGCUUCUGUGCUGACUGAAACUGGAGAAUCUUCAAGACCAAGUAACACCUUUCACUUGUACAACCUGCUGUGAUGCUGGGACACAGUCUCUCAGUGAACUCUCACCAUCCCUUGUAAUUUAAGCAUGUCCUCUGAGGCUGGUCAGCAUAAGAUCUAACAGCUACAAAGUAGAAAAACCAACCCCCACUGUGACUUGGAAGCCUGGUCUUUCUCAUAAUCCACAUCCUGUUCCUUCACCAACACCCACAAACACAAAGUCCUUCAGAUUCUCUGGAAGAAAGGCUAGCUAGCUGGCCUUGCGGGAAGUCACAUACAGGGAUUAAGCCUGAAAUUUUCUGCACUCCUUUUCAAGGGGCCCUUUGGUUUGCCAGCUGAGCAGGAACUCAAACUCAUUUUACAAAUACUGAAGAGCCGUUCACCAGCAACAACACAAAAUGUGCUCUCUCCUUAGGUCCAAGCUGGAAAAGGAGCUUACUUCUUACUUCCGGUCUUAUUUUCAUAGAAAAAGAUGUUAAAAUGCACUUGAGACUUUUUAUAUUGGCAGAACAAAGAAACAGUAUUGGGACUAACAAUUAUUAAAUAUAAAAUAUUAAAAUUUAUUUUCGUGGGGCUGGAGAGAUGGCUCAUCAGUUAACACUACUGGCUGCUCUUCCAGAGGUCCUGAGUUCAAUUUCCAGCAACCAUGUGGUGGCUCACAACCAUCUGUAAUGGAGUCCGAUGCCCUCCUUUGGUGUGUCUAAAAAUAGCUACUGUGUACUUGUAUACAUAAAGUAAAAAAAUAUUUUUGUAUCACUAA